UUUCGCUUAAAGGGAUAAUUUGGGUAUUUGGAAAUGGGUUUAUGACCCGUAUAUCUGUACUCCCGUAUGAGGAGGCUCUAAAAAGAGCACAGAUCUAUUUCACUUUUAGUUCUGUUCCUCGUCAGAAAUUAUUUGCAGUAUAGCCUAAACUCCUACCUAUUGUUGUUUUGGAGUAAACGUUGGCUUUGCGACGGCUAAUAUAGUUUUUCAUCAAAGCACUGAAUUGAUUUUCUCCACGGCUGGUACUCGCAUCUAUUUCUCCAAACUGGGAAACUCAUCUAUACGUUCUUGUUACGACCCCUUUUUCAAACAUGUGGACUAUCCCUUUAAGCUAUUUAAAUCCAAAUUGUUUGGUUAAAGGAGACACCAAUACUAAUAUAAUUUCUUUCAGCAAGUGACUUACAGGAACAGAGCAAAAGGCCUGUAGACAGCAAAGCUCUAGGUCUGAAUUCCAACCUGGCACUGCUACUACACGCUGUUUCCUUCCUAGAUUAUCGUGCCAUCAUUGAAGUUCCGGGGGGAUCUAUUAUCUCAAACUGAAUUUAUUGAGAUAAUCGAUCCCCCACCUCCCUUUUUGGUGCGUUUCUCCACACAAACCCUCCUCUGAAAUUGGUCCAUCCUGUCAAUUUUUCAUUGACUUUUGUGGCCAUUCUGUGGAGGGCUUUUCUGAAACACAUGAUGCUCCUUCCUUAAGUCGCUCAAAGCUCUUUGACUUGCGCCCGCAGUAUCCAACACAGCCAGUGGAUCCCCACGGGACGGGUGUAUGACACCGGGAUCAAUCUACAAUGAGGGAAUACUUGAUUAAUUCUAGGCUUUGUGUAACCAACAAACAACCUGCACCAGAUAUUUACCAAACUUCAGGCGUUUGAAUAAUUACAUCAGAAUCAUAUAUUAAUAUUUAAAUCAGACAAGACACUUUAUUGUGCUCUUAUUUCUUUAAACUUAAGUUUCUUGGCAAUAGAAAACUCUUUACACAUCUGAAGUGCAUUGCAGGUUUAUUUUGACAAAGCCAGAAUUGUAGAUCAAUGGCAAGGAUCGUGUGAGAUGAAUUAAUAUUAAUAAACAUGUUGUCUUAUAACCAUUAUUCUUUUACGUUUUUGUAAGGAUUUUUUACAAAUAUGUUCCUCGUAAACAGCCAACGUCAAUCAAUCUUCGGGUUUGAGAAGAUUGAUAAUAAAUGCAAAUAAAGUAAGGACGAAAUAAUCAUCUGCAUCCCAGCCGAGACUAGAGCCCACCUCCAACCCCCCACCGAUAAGUAUCCGGUGAGCCCCCCUCCUCCCCCCUCCUCCUCCCUGCUGCUCCCUCCAACGGUUCUCCUCCCCGGUGGUCCUCUCGAGUCAGCAUCACUCUCUGUCCGACGCGCAGCGGUGGAGGACGAGGAACAUGCUGUUGCAGACAUUGUUUGUGUGGGUCCUGUCAGUCCUGCGUGGCACCGAUGUGUGUCUGGGAUUUGUCUACGACCGGCCCAGACGCUCAGGAGAGGAUGGGACUUCUUCUAGAUCAGAGUCUCGCUCUGCGUCUCAGUACGCGCCGACCUCCGGCUCCUGCAGGAACAGGUGCUUUGAGCUGGUUGAGCUGCAGCCCCCAAACUGCCGCUGUGACAACCUGUGCAAGACCUACAGCGGCUGCUGCUCUGACUUCGAUCAGCUGUGCCUCAGGACAGAGCGGGGUUACGAGUGCAGCAAGGAUCGCUGUGGGGAGAUUCGGAACGAGCUUCAUGCCUGCCACUGCUCCGAUGACUGCCUGGCCAGAGGGGACUGUUGUACCAACUACAAGACCCUGUGCAGAGGGGAGACUUCGUGGCUGAAGGACGAGUGUGAGGAGAUCAAGACAUCUGAAUGUCCUGCUGGGUUUGUGCGCCCACCACUCAUCAUGCUGUCAGUGGAUGGAUUUAGAGCUUCUUAUGUGAAGAGAGGAAACACAGUCAUCCCCAACAUUGAGAAACUGAGAACAUGUGGAACCCACGCUCCAUACAUGAGGCCCGUUUACCCCUCAAAAACCUUCCCCAACCUCUACUCACUGGCUACGGGUCUCUACCCAGAGUCUCAUGGCAUCAUCGGCAACUCCAUGCACGACCCCGUGUUUGACGCCACCUUCACCCUGAGGAGCCGAGAGAAACUCAGUCAUCGUUGGUGGGGCGGACAGCCGAUCUGGAUCACAGCCCUCAAACAGGGAGUGAAGGCUGCCUCCUUCUUCUGGCCUGUUGCUAUCCCUUUGGAGAGGCGAAUACUGACCAUGCUGCAGUGGCUCCACCUCCCUGAAGGAGAGAGGCCCUACGUUUACGCCAUGCACUCUGAACAACCAGACGCAUAUGGACACAAAAUGGGGCCCAUGAGUGCAGAAUUGAACAACCCUCUGCGGAUGAUUGACAGGAUUGUCGGCCAACUGAUGGAUGGACUCAAACAGAUGAAACUUCACCGCUGUGUCAACAUCAUCCUGGUUGGGGAUCAUGGUAUGGAAGAAGCUCACUGUGAUCGCACCGAGUUCCUUAGCAACUAUAUGACCAACGUUGAUGACAUCAUCCUCGUCCCCGGGUCUCUGGGCAGAAUUCGCUCAAGAUACCCAAACAACCCGAAAUAUGACCCCAAAGCUGUUGUUGCAAAUCUAACAUGUAAGAAGGCGGACCAGCACUUUAAGGCGUACUUGAAGCAGCAUCUUCCUAAGAGACUUCACUACGCCAACAGCCGGCGCAUCGAAGACAUUCACCUGCUGGUCGAGAGGAAGUGGCACGUUGCCAAGAAAGCUCCUGAAGGGAAGAGACACUGUGGCUUCUCUGGCGACCAUGGAUAUGACAAUAAAAUCAACAGCAUGCAGACUAUUUUCUUGGGUUACGGACCUACAUUUAAAUUCAAGACUAAAGUUCCAGCCUUUGAAAACAUUGAGCUUUAUAAUGUAAUGUGUGAUGUACUGGGUCUGAAACCAGCCCCCAAUAACGGCACGCAUGGCAGUCUGAACCACCUGCUGAGAAGCCCCCCCUACAGGCCCACCAUGCCAGAGGAGGUGUCGAGGCCAGCGCCCUCUGGUCCUGGUCCGGCAGGAACAGACGACCUGGGCUGCAGCUGUGCAGAAAAGUUGCGUGUAAAAAGUAGGGGCCAGAGAAGUUUGAAAGUGACCCUUGUACGAGGCUAUAACCUGGAGUCACUCUGGCUCUGUCUCUUACAGAACAAAGUGGACGAGUUAAACCAGCGACUGAGGCAAGCUAUGGAUGACAGCAGGAACUUGCCGUACGGCCGACCUGCUGUGCUCUUCCGUACCAAGUACUCCGUCCUGCACCACAGCGACUACAUCAGCGGCUACAGCGAGGCGCUCUCCAUGCCUCUCUGGACAUCAUACGCUGUCAGCAGACAGGUAGAAGUGUCCCCUCUGCCUGAAGCCCUGUCCAACUGUGUGAGACCGGAUACAAGAGUCCCUCCGGCCUACAGCCAGUCCUGCACCAACUACAGAGCAGACAAACAGAUCACCUACGCCUUCCUCUACCCGCCACAAUUCUCCACAACCACGGACAAAAAAUAUGAUCCCGUCCUCAUCACCAACACCGUCCCCAUGUAUCCUGCAUUCAAGAGAAUAUGGAGUUACUUCCAGAAAGCGCUGGUGAAGAAAUAUGCAACUGAGAGAAAUGGAGUGAACGUGCUGGUUGGACCCAUAUUUGACUACGACCACGAUGGUGUCAGGGACUCGGCUGAGAAGAUAAAAGAGUACGUAAGCGGGGUGAUACCGGUCCCUACGCAUUUCUUUGUGGUCCUGACCAGCUGCUUGGACUUCUCGCAGGCUGCAGACUCGUGCAGCGGCCCACUCAGCAGCGCUGCCUUCAUCCUGCCGCACAGAGCCAGCAACGACGAGACCUGCAACAGCUCAGAGGAGGAGUCUCGCUGGGUGGAGGACCUGAUGAAGAUGCACACGGCCCGAGUCAGAGACGUGGAGAUUCUCACCGGCUUGGACCUGUACCGUAGAACAACCCGGAGCUACGCCGAAAUCCUCUCGCUCAAGACCUACAUGCACACCUACGAGAGUGAGAUCUGAUAUCCGCCGGCCGCCCCGUCAACAUUGAUGUUGCUCAUUCCUCUUUUUUUCAACCGUGGUGGACGUAUGUGGUACAAAGAAGAGGUGCUGUCACCUCCGUCACACUGACUUGCAGCAGGUCUUUCUCUGGAUGCUGUGUGCAGCUCUUCCUUGUGGCCCUUUCACAGGAAAUCUGCUUUCUUCUCAUUCAUCUCAUCCAUCUGUUAAGUCACAACAUUGAACACCACUGAACUACCAGCUGUGACUCGUCCACUUUCUUCUAGUAGCAGGGAGGUGAAGCAUUGUUCUGCUGCUUAAUGGUCGGCAAUGUGAUUCAGUUACAUCCAACUGAACAGCGUCGAAAUAUAUUAGAAAAUAAAUAAAGGGCUUAAAUUGAAUUAUACUAGUAAUCUUUAGCCAUCAUCAAGAUGCUGAUCACAGUUAUGGUGGUCAUGAAGACGUCCAGGUGGAUGCUGGUAUAAAGGGCGUGGAUGGACCCCCCGAUGCAGGAGUAGCAGGUGUACAACUCAACAGGCUCAAAUUGAAUUUAUACCAGUAAAGAAAAGAGGGUUAAUCUUCAUCUGCCCUGAGAUUCCUGAUGUUGACUGAGUCAUCUUUUUUGGAAAUGUUUAUCUUUAACAGUGUGGUCAAAUUUACCUGCAAGGGGUUUUUUUCAGGUACAUAAACGUCAUUAUUUACAAAAAUGCAUCAUGGUAGCAGAGUAUGAAAUCAUAGGUCUCAAAACUAGUUAUAAUGUAGGGCCCUAGAAUAAGGCAGGACUGCAAGACCAAAUAAUACUGCAGGACUGCUUGCCCUGAAUACUCUUGCAUACUUUGUUAUUAGUUGUGUAGUGACUUGAACAGAUAUCCAAUAUGGUUUUAAGCCACCGUGGGCCGAACGGGAGAAAUAAUUGUUCAGUGUCCAAUGCAGCCGUAUCUAUUCUCGAUGUGCUGAUCCAUUUAUCACGGUGGCAUUCAUCACACUACACAUCAGGUACCAGGAUCAGACAUCAGGUCGGUCAAAACACAUAUUUGCUUCCUGUGUGUGUACACACACACACACACACACACACACACACACACACACACACACACACACACACACACACACACACUCUGUGUCCAAUCACCAAGCGCUCGCCUAUAUGCAGUCUCACAUCAGUGCUCUUUUACAAGUAACACACACUUCAAUUGUUCUCUAGCAAACAAGUAUCCAUAUGUGUAAAAUGAGUACAUGUUUGAAGGUUUUUAAAUAAUCUUUAAUUGCACUACAGACCCAUCAACAGAAAUCCAUCCCAGAUAAAACCAUCACCUGAGGGUGAAGGCCGGAUUCUCAGUCCUCUUAACAAUAUAACCUUGAUCCACUCUGUCUACUCUUUACACUACUAACAGGUUAUGUUCAGUGAGUAAGAAGAAAUUGUCUAUUUUUUUAAUGAAAUGAUAAUGCAAUGUUUGUGUGCACACAAUGUGUAUAUGUUGAGUUCCAUAUAUUUUCUGUUUGUGUUUCACGGUUGAUUGUGUGAUUGUGUUGGCUUUUCCUUCUGUGCACAAUAACAAUGUUCGAGAUGAUGAUGUUUGUCCCCUAAGACAUUUACCACCUGUGAGACCUAUUUAUGCUUUAUGGAACGGCCAUCAUAAUAAAAGUGUUUUUACAAAAUGAAGUGUUACAUAUUGAA